GCGCUGGUUGGGUAGCUGUUACUCACAGACAUUGAGGACCCUUCGGUUUAACAUGGCGGCGCCCGAGGGAACUCUGAAUUGUGAGGACUUUUUAAUGUUUCAGGAGGUGUUAAAAGCAAUGCGUACCUUUGAUGACAGGAUUGUCCACGCUCUCAACACCACCGUGCCCACAGUGUCCUUCUCAGGCAAAGUGGAUGCUACGCAGACGUGCAAAGAGCUCUAUGAGUCUCUUACGGAGUCCCAUUUGAGUAGAGACAAAGCAAUAAAGUCAUGUAUUAGAAAAACUUCAGAAGUUGUUGGGAGGUUACGUGAAGCGAGGGCAAAGGACAGCGACAACCUGUCAAUCAUCAAACAACUCAGGAAAGAGCAGAACAAGUUAAAACUCAUGCAGUCUGAGCUGAACGUUGAAGAAGUCAUCAAUGAUCGCAGUUUGAAGGUUUUCAACGAACGAUGUCGAAUCCAUUACACCCCCCCUACGAUCAAUUAAACCUCCGUGCCCUUUGUAGAGAUCUACAGUAGACACUGAAAUGGCUGGGACUCACAACUGGAGUGAACUGGAAUGCAACCAGCAACCUUCCGCAGCCGCUGUGUCUGAGCUCUAUAAAACCCUCUCAUCAGAAUCAGUAUCAGAAUCAGGUUUAUUGGCCAAGUGUGUCGACACAUACAAGGAAUUUGGUUCCAGCUGUUUGUACAGACUUAAAUAACACUAUAAACUCAUUCUCACUGUUAGUCUGAAUUCCUGUGUUCCUACCGUCACUUCUGUUCUUCAUACAGCCUGGUGUACCCAAAAAAUGAUUUUUUUUUUUUAUAAACAUUUGUUUUUUUUCUCCA